GAGACAAGAAUCCAUGCUCAAGUCGGUGAAGUGCUCAUAAAACAAUUUGAAGGGAAACUAACCGAAGGUGAUGCCAAGGUCAUCCACUUAUUUAAACUGUACGACGCUACGGGUGAUUAUCGAACCACCACGCAUCCCUACAAAAUUGGAUUCUUUCAGACUACUUUUGUUGGACCAGCGGAUGACUUCCCAAGUGAAGUUCCGAAGAAGUAUCUUGUCAAUUACAGUGAUAUUAUUGAUGGGAAGCUUGAUAGCAGUCGUUUGGUUG